CGCACUUUGAAAAGCGGUGGUGGCAUAGCAGUAUACUGUCUAGAAGGAAUAUCCAUCUAUCACAAUCCAGCUAGAGAUCCUGAUGACCUUGAGCUUAUGUGGUUUACUGUUGCUCUGAAAACCAGGGCACUCCUGAUAGGUGCUAUUUACCGCCCCCCAAGUGCCUCCUGCGAUAUCAUGGACUACCUUGACAAGAACACAUUCGCAGUGAUGGACGAAUAUAGAGCACAGUCCGUAAUGCUCAUAGGUGACUUUAACGUACACCACCACGAGUGGCUGGGUAGUAAUAAAACUGACAGUGCUGGACGGCGAAUCUUACAACUCGCCAAUUGUCUGGGACUUGAUCAGAUGGUCAUGGAACCAACUAGAGGAGAAAAUAUUCUAGAUCUAGUUCUGUCAGACACACCAGCAACUACUACCACCUUAGCACAAAUGGGAUCCUCUGAUCACAACCCUGUUCUAAUACAGCUACAAAUCCCAGUCUUCAGAGACAAGCCAUACAAGAGAACAGUAUGGAGCACUUAACAGCACUUAAUGGUCCCAAUGUGGCAGCAUCCUUAAAUGAAGAUCUGGAGAAUAUUCGCAGGUGGGCAGAUACUUGGAAGGUCACGUUCGAACCCAGCAAAUGCAAGGCUAUGGUUCUGUCGAGAAAGAGGCCUCCAUCCCAUCCGGACCUGUUCUUUGGGACAACCAGAAUAGACCUCUUUGAGCAGUUGAAUAUUCUGGGACUAUGUUUCGAUAAUAAGUUGAUAUGGAAUAAUCACCUGUCAAACAUCUGUAAGCGUGCUGGACAGUGUCUUGGGGCUCUGCGCAGGCUGGCCAACAAGCUUGAUGUCAAAGGUAGGGCCAAUGUCUACAAGGCACAAGUCAGGAGUACCUUGGAGUACUCUUGCCUUGCCUGGAUGAACGCAUCACAGACCACCCUCAGGCAGAUUGACAACAUCCAGAAAAAGGCACUGAAAAUCAUUGGGGUGGAUGAGGACACUGCCCUAAGGAAAUAUGCAAUCAGUCAGCUCAACCAUCGGAGAACUGUUGCAGCAACAACUGUGCUUUUCAAAAUGCACACUAAAAACUGUCCAGAGGAUCUCAAAGCUCUGCUACCCCCACCAGAUCUCGUCUGCCGAACCACUCGAAGAGCACGAGCAAGUCACGCACUAAAAUUACCCAAGUCUAACACAAAAUGCUUGGGAAGGAGCUUUCUUCAUUCAGCUGUAACAACUUGGAACUGCCUCCCCUCUACCGUAGUAGGUGAAAUCACCUCAAAGAAUAUUCAGGCCUUCAAGAAGAGACUAAACAAACAUCUCCUUAGCAAAAAACUGUGAUAUCUUGAUGCUUAUUGCCACUUAUUACACAUUCUUAGUUCUGAGUAGCUGCAGAUCACGAUAGGCUCUCAGGCCACAAACUGUUAAAGCCUGUAUCUGCCAAAGCACAAAAAAAAAAAAAAAA